CAUAGCUUUUCUGAACAAAUUCAAUGCUAAUGUGUAUCUGACAUCAUGGAUUGGAGCAUUGUUUCUUAGUUUACAAGGACUAUCAGGGCCUUUGGCAAGUUUUUGCAUCGGAAGAUGGGGUUGUCGAGUAACAAUGAUAAUUGGAUCUCUCCUGUUGACGUUAUCAGUGGUAAUCACAGCAUUUGUGCAACAUAUAAUACUGGCAUUUCUAUUUUUUGGUGUUUUAGCAGGUCUUGGAGUAGGUCUGAUGUAUUCAACUGGAUAUAUUGUCCUAGCUUUUAACUUUGAAAAGAAGCGUAACAUAGCAACCGGAAUCGCUGUGGCAGGAUGUGGAAUUGGUCCAUUUGUAUUAAGCCCCAUUUACCAGAUGAUACAUCACGAAUAUGGAUAUAAUGGAUUCUUCCUUUUGUUUGGUGGACUAUCAUUUAACGCAUGCGUAGUUGGAGCAGUGCUGCGUCCUUCAAGAUUGGAAGUUUCGAGCAGAAUUGCAAGAACUAAAAAACGAACAUUGGAUAAAAAGUGCUGUGAAUGUGAUUUAACGGUUGUCAAAAACAUACCAUUGCUUUGUGUGUGUAUAUCUGGAGUGUUUCUAAAUGUAGGAAUUUUCCUUGUUUACUUACAUUUUCCAACAUACGCAAUGGAAAAUAGUUCUACGGAAAUAGAAGUGUCUUGGUAUUUAUCUAUAGCAGGUAUUUCUAGCUGUGUUGGCAGAGUGUUAUUAGGAAUGGCAACAAACAGUGAGGAUGUUAGCGAAGAUAUAGUUUACUUCGGAACAUAUUCCAUUCUUGGUGGUGCUACUAUUUUACUGCCUUUAUUUAUAAAAUUACAUUACGCGAAAAUAUUCUAUUCUAUACUGUUAGGAGCCAAUUCUGGGAGUUGUUACGUAGUCAUUAACACUAUUGUUUUACGAUUGACUGGUCCUAAUCACGUCGCACAAGGCACAGGUUAUGUAAUGGCAUAUAUAGGAGUAGGAACUUUAAUAGGACCACCAUUAGCAGGAUUUAUAAUUGACAAUGGAGGAAGCUACGCGGAUUCCUUUGUAAUAGCAGGUUUAUCACUGAUAUUAGGUGCUUUUAUAGAACUCUGCAGUGUCUGCUUUAAAACUGAUACGUACAAAAGACCUCAGACAGAAGAUAUCAAUAUUUAUGUUAAAGAUGACGAAAUAAAUAGUAAUUUCAAAAUUGCUAUGGCAGAACAAACAAAACUCACAUAAAAGAAUGAAUGACUUGAAAGCUGAUACAUUCCAAAAUAUUCAGUAUUAAUAAAUCUUACCUAUGAUUGUUUUAAUUUCUUUAUAAGAAAACCAAUCAUAACUGGCCAGAUCUCAAUUUGUUAAGUGGUUGUAGCUGAAACAAAA